AUGGCUAAUCUCACUAUGAGUGGGUUUCUUCUAACGGGAUUUUCUGACAAGCCUGAGCUAGAACUAGUCCAUGCUUCUCUGUUCUUAGUCUUGUAUAUGGUGGCGGUAACUGGCAAUCUCCUCAUUAUCUCUGCAAUUUCCAUGGAUCAUAGUCUCCACUCACCCAUGUAUUUCUUCCUGAAACAUCUCUCCUGCCUGGAUCUGUGUUACAUUUCUGUGACUGUGCCAAGGGCCAUUUACAACUCUUUCAUGCAUAGUGGCUACAUUUCCCUUGGGGAAUGCAUAGUGCAGUGUUUUACUUUCAUUCUGUGUGGUUCUGCUGAGCUAUCCAUGCUGACGGUGAUGUCUUAUGAUCGCUAUGUGGCCAUCUGCCUUCCACUGCGCUACGAAAUCAUCAUGAAUGUCAGCAAAUGUGUCUACAGUGUCUUAGGCAUCUGGAUCAGUGGGGUCAUUUCUGGAGCCAUGCACACAGCUGGCACUUUUUCCAUGCACUUCUGUGGUUCCCAUAUCAUUCACCAAUUCUUCUGUGACAUCCCUCAGCUCCUGAAACUCUCUUGUUCUAAUGAGUAUAUCAGCGAAGUCUCAGUCAAUGGAUUCAUGGCACCUGUGUCGUUUAUUUGUGUCACCCUUAUUGGACUGUCCUACACCCAAAUAUUCUCUACUGUGCUGAGGAUGCCAUCUGCUGAAGGCAGAGCUAAGGCCUUUUCCACUUGCCUUCCCCACCUGGCUGUCGUCAUUUUAUUCAUUUCCACCAGUGCCUUUGAGUUUCUCAAGCCACCUUCUGAUUCUCCAAGUGCACUGGACAUUUUUCUCACUAUUAUGUACACAGUUGUGCCCCCAACACUCAACCCAAUGAUCUACAGCCUGAGAAAUCAAGCCAUAAAGGCAGCUCUGAGAAAGGUUGUUGGGAGAAGGAAAACCUACCUUUUUUGUUGA